AUGGAUUGCGACAUUGAGCUAGAGCAGAUUAUUGGGACUGCACUCUCCCUAGAAGAUGACUACCCGGAAUCGUAUCUUCCAAUAAGAGAUAAACUUAAAUCAACCCCAAACAGCAUUUGUGGGACUAUAUCAGAUCUUCUUCCAGGUGCCCAAGUCCAAGUUCCUCUACAAAAUACUUGGCAGCAGACUCUAUUGGAUCUUUACUCUUUACUAGGAUUUCCUCAAGAACCUAAGGCAAGCAGGGCAAUGCAUAUGAUUGAAAAUGAAGAUCAUCAGUCUACAGCGGCCUUGUCCCCUGGCAUCAAAGACAAGCCAUGUUACAUUAGUGAGAGCUCCAGUUGCUUAAAAAGGCCGUUAUGUGAAGAAGAACAAAGUUUGUCUAAGAAAACUAAAUCUGAGCCUGAUGACCUUCUGCCAACCUUGGGUGCCAGAUCGAGAAAGAGGACCAUCUACUCCAAGGAACAAACUAAUUUCCUCCAGAAUCAGUUUGAUGUUAACCCUUAUCCAGACUUUGUUAGCAGGUGCCAUUUAGCUCAAUUAACUGGUAUUCCAGAGCCCAGGAUACAGGUCUGGUUUAAGAAUAGAAGGGCAAGACAUCUCUCCAAAAUCCACAGAUCCCAUAAAAAUACUGUACAUGAAGCAUCAAUUCUUACAGGAACCCAAAAGUUAGCCAGCCACGUGCAACAAAGCACAAUUCCCUGGGGACAAGAUCAAAACCUUCCCGGCAGAUUCCUGCAUAUAAACUGAGCUGUAGGUUCAUCAAGAGAUGCAUGUCAUGGACUUAAAUGGAAAACAUAUUUUAGAUAGAGUUGCAGAUCAUGGAGAGCUUCAGAUAAUUGACAUAAAAUGAAUUUAUUACUCUAGGUUUAUCAAGAGCAGAUUAUUAACAUCAAACGGAAUCUGGGUUCUAAGUUCAUCAAUAACUCCAGACCGUGGACAUUAAAUGGAGAUGUUGUUCUAGGUUCACCAAGGCUGCAAAUCGUGGAAUGGAAAUAUCCGAGCAUGGCAUUGAAUCGGCAUCGGUUUGCAAAAAUUGAAACGGGUUCUAGGUUCAGCUAUAACUGCAAAUAAUGGACAUAAAAUGGAAACUCUGUUCUAGGUUCACCAAGGCAAACCAUGGACAUAAAAUUUAAACUGGGUUCUACGUUCAUCAAUAACUGCGGACUAUGGACAUAAAAAGGAAACUUUGUUCUAGGUUCACCAAGGCUGCAGAUCAUGGACAUAAAAUAAAAAAUGUGUUCUAUGUUUAACAAGAGCUGAUGAUGAUGGACAUAACAUGAACAAUGUGUUGUAAAGGGCUGCAGACCUUGGAAAUGAAAUGAAAUGUGAACUGUGUUCUAGGAUCACCAAAGUUGCAUAUCAUGGACAUAAACUGGAAAUGAUGUUCUAGGUUCACCAAGAGUUGCAUUAAUGGACAUAAAAUGGAAAUCAUGUUCUAUUUUCAUCAAGAGCUGCAAAUCAUGGAGAUAAAAUGCAAAUACAAGCACUUUUCUACUCUACACAAUUUACCACUUUGAUAAUGGGAUAACACUGGAUUAUAAAUGCAACUAUGAUCUCUCAAUGUUGUGCAGAGAAAUCA